UAUUCCCGUUCCAACACAACUCACUCCGGCAAGAGACUAAAAAACAUAAACACCAGCUCUAGCUAUGGACGAACUGGAGCCGCCGGAGUGCCCAGUAUGUCUACAGUCCUACGACCAAAACUCCACCAUCCCUCGAGUACUCGCCUGUGGCCAUUCCGCCUGUGACGUCUGUAUUGAUCAGCUUCCCCACCCAUUUCCUUUCACAAUCCGAUGUCCCGCCUGUACUCAGCUAGUCAACUAUCCAAAUCCACAGGGUGCUUCCGCCCUCCCAAAGAAUAUUGAUCUCCUUCGCUUAGCCUCCAUCAUCCCAAACCCAGAUCAUCAGAAUAACCAAAACCCUUCCAAAUCUCCGGUGAUCAAACAGCCAGUCGAUUUUAUCCCCGGACUUUGGUCACACGCCUUCUAUUUGAGUUGGAAAGGAUGGGUUUUGCCGGAAGAUGCUUUGGUGGUUGAAGUCAGAACUCAAGACCCUUUUUUUUCUGUUUUUCAUGGGAGAAUUUUGAAAAAGAUACAACAGCUAGCAAGAUAUUCACUUAAAGGAGAUGAGAAGUUGAGUCUUCUUAGACUUGCUGGUCCUUUCAGUGAAGUUGAUGAUUCUAAGUUAAGAUACAGUUAUACUGCAAAGAUCAUGAGCAUUUUGUAUGGAAUGAAUCUUGGAGAAAGAGAUGAAUUGAGUUUGCUCUUGACAGUGUCUAAUUUGAAAGGGAGUAAAACUUGCAAGGUUUAUGGUAUCUGGUAUAGUGAAGAUGAUCAGUUUUUGUAUAUGGUGAGUGAAAGCUACAAUGACAGUCUUCUGGAGAAGAAGAAGAAGAGAAAUGGUGAUUGGAAGAAAGAGUCUGCUGGUGAAGGUGAGUGCUCGUUAAAUUUAGUUAGUUUUUCUAUGAUGGGAAUGGAGAUAUGUGAAGCAGUGCAUUCUCUACAUAUAGAAGGGUUAUUUUGUGGUUGCUUCGACCCAUCAUGCUUCCGCGUUGAUGGUUUUGGUCAUGUAUAUAUCGAUUUGAAUGAGGUCUUGGCAUUAGGAAGGAGAGUUGUUAGACUGGUUAGAGAAUCUGAAAGCUUAAACGAUAAUGUUCUUAGAACCCCCCUUGCAUUUAUCAGUCCACAACUAUUGCAAAAGCUAUUAAGAAGUGAAGAUCUUGAAACUGGUUCUCUAUCAGGCUAUGAUGUUUGGUCAACUUCUUGCCUAGUUCUUUGGCUGUUUAUGGGGAACUCGUUUAGUGAAUUAGUUCUCGACAGUUUAGGCAGUAUCAGUGACGGUUCUCAUGAUUUCAAGGCUUCUAUUACUGUGUUGGUGGAGAAUUUGCACACUUCAUUGAAUGUUAAUUAUGGUUUGGACUUGGUAUGGCUGAAAGAGAUUCUAUUCAAAUGUUUGGAACUUCAUACUGCGAGCCAGACAUCAGUUAUUGACAUUUGGAAAUGCAUUAGGGAGUUGAUUGUCCAAAACCCUGAUGAGAUGGCUACAGUUUCUCAGGAUUUUCCGGAGGAGGAGGGAACAAGUCGUUGCUUACUUCUAGGAGAAUUAUGUAAAAUACCGAGAGAAGAGAUUCGUGCUGCAGAUCCUAGCGUAGCUGAAGAAAAGAGUACUGUCAAUAGCACUGUUGGAAGUAAUGUCAAAUGUAUCGAACUAAAGGGUCAUCUCGACUGUAUUACAGGACUGGCUGUUGGAGGGGGAUUCCUUUUUAGCAUUUCCUAUGAUAAAACAGUGAUUUUAUGGUCUCUUCAGGAUUUCAGCCAGGUACAUACAUUUAGAGGUCAUGAGCAAAAGAUCAUGGCUGUAGUUUAUGUGGAUUAUGACAAGCCCUUAUGUGUAACGGGUGACAGUGGAGGUGCAAUAUGUAUUUGGAACAUUAGUAAUGUUCCAUUUAGUCAAGAACCAAUAAAGAGGCUGCAAGAGGAAAAGGAUUGGCGGUAUAGUGGUAUUCAUGCCCUCGCUACUUCUGGAACUGGAUUGCUCUACACUGGAAGUGGCGAUAAGUCAAUAAAAGCAUGGUCUUUGCGGGACUACACAAUUUCAUGUGUUAUGAACGGUCAUAAAUCAGUUGUCUCAACUCUAGUGGUUUGUGAUGGUGUUCUCUACAGUGGGAGUUGGGAUGGAACUGUUCGGUUGUGGUGUAUGAGUGACCACAGUCCGUUGGCUGUACUAGGUGAAGAUAUACCUGGGAAUGUGACAUCAGUUUUGUCUCUAGCUGUUCAUGGGAAUUUCGUUGUUGCAUCCCAUGAAAAUGGAUGUGUAAAGAUUUGGAGUGAUGGAACUUUUUUGGAAUCCAUACAAGCUCAUAAUGGUGCAGUAUUUUCUAUAAGUAUGGAGGGGAAAUGGCUAUUUACAGGCGGCUGGGACAAGGUUGUUAUUGUACAGGAACUGUUGGGAGAUGAAGUUCAUAAAACAGUGGCCUCAUCUGUAGGUUCUAUCGCCUGCAAUUCGGUCAUAACGUCUUUAUUAUAUCAGCAGGGAAAGCUUUUGGUUGGGCAAGCUGAUAGAAUAAUAAAGGUAUACUGCUGCAAAUUAUGAAUCACUGGCUACAGGCUCAACUCAUAAUGUUAUAUACUUUACUUAUAUAGGAACACGCCCACAGACAAACGAUUCAUUGUAAUGCAUAAACAAAACAUUAGGAAUGAAAUCCAAAAUAUAAUAUGAGAAUGUUGAUUGAUGUA